AUGGCGCCCCGCUGGCGGAGCGUGGGCGAGCCCUGGCCCGAGGACACAGCAGGGACCGCCUCCACGAAACGCCAGCGCCGGCGGCAGGCCGAUCCGCCGCUGCUGGCCCUGCGGCUGGGCCCCUUCACCGCCGCGUACUUGGUGGCGGCACGGGAGCCACAGCUGGCGGAGCUCCUCGCCGCCACCGGCGAGGCCACCGACGCGGGCUUCUAUGCCCGCUGGCUCAAGGCGCGCGGCGGCUGCCCCGCGGCCGCGGCAGACGCCGUGCUGGCGCACGCGGCGUGGCGGCGGGAGUUUGUGGGUGCUGCGGCGGCCGAGGCGGCAGGCGAGGCGGGCAGUGGGGCGGGCGGAGCGCUCGGCAUCCCAGAAGACAGCAUCGCCGAUGAGCUGGCGGCGGGCAAGGUGUUCCUGCAGGGCCGCGACGCCGCCGGCUGCCCCGUCGUGGUGGUCAAGGCAGCCAGGCACGACAUGGGGCGCCGCGACCUGCGCCGCACCAAGCGCCUCAUAGCCUAUGUGCUGGACAAUGCCUGCGCCGCCGCAGACCCCGCCGCCAAACCCGCCGGCCAGAUCUGCUGCCUGUUCGACCUGUCGGGCCUGCGCCCGCGCAACCUGGACGUCAAGGUCCUGCUGGCCAUCUUCGAGCUGCUGCAGCAGCACUACCCGGAGCGCCUCAACAGGCGCGUCCUCUUCUUCCUCAACGCCCCCUUCCUGUUCUGGGGCGUGUGGCGCGUGGUGGCCCCCUUUGUGCACGCCGCCACCCGGCGCAAGAUUCACUUUGUGGCGGGGCGCGGCGCGGCGCGGGCGCUGGCUGAGCGCAUCCCUCCCCAGGUGCUGCCUGCUGAGUACGGCGGCGGCGCCGAGCUGGUUCCCAUCGAUGCAGCGGUGGCGGCCCGCCGGCGGCAGCAGCAGGAGCAGGCGGCCGGCGGCGGCGCCUCGGCGGCCGUCUCGGCCGCCGCCUCGGCCUCAGCCGGCGGGCUGGCGGGCAGGCAGGCGCGCGCCGCGGCGGCGCUGCGGCGGCGUGCGGGCGGCGCGCUGGGCGCGGCCGGACGCUUUGUGAGCCACAAGGUGGCUCGGCCAGUGGGCGGCGCGGCGGCGGGCGCGGCGCGUGCGCUGCGCCACCACCACGCCCAGCUGCUGCGCCGUGGCAGCGGGCACGGCGGCGGCGCGCAGCCGGGCCGGCAGCUGCCGCUGUCGGGGCAGGCGCAGGCGCUGCUGGCGCAGGUGGUGCUGAGGCACGUGCUGCUCAUGGGGCUGCUGCUGCGCAUGCUCAGCCGGCUGGUGCUGCGCCGCGCGCCGCCAGCGCCCAGCCCCAGCGCCGCCGCCGGCGGCGGCAAGAGCACCGCGCCGUGCCCGGCAGCAGACGGCGACGGCUGCGGCGGUGAGCAGGGGGCUGCCAGCCCGGCAGGCCCGCCCGGCGCCGAAGCCGCCGCCGCUGAGCCGGCUGGCGCGGCCGGGCCCCAGGCCUGA